AUGGUUGACAUAUCUUAAAUGCUCUUUGAUAGAAUCAAAGCUGAACUUAAAGAGUACGAAAUUAGCGUAAGAAUCUAAAAGACAUCAAAACUCACAAGCAAAUUUGAAAGAGGAUACAAAUCCAAACUAAAAUUCUAUUGUGACGAAUGCUAUCGCAACUGGAAUUCAGCCCAAGGGCAAGUAACUAUCAAUUACUAUCUGGAUAGAGGCAACUAAGAGUUGGAGUACAAUGCAGAAACCUAUAGACAGUAAUGCAGCGAAUGCAAACAGUACUGUGAACCGGAAUUAUACUUCGAUGAAGUGAAAAGGCUUUCAGAGUGGUUCGCUAAGGACGUAAUUAACAUUUUGUAUGGCAUAAAAAAGACUCCAACAACAAAACCGAAAGAAUCCAACAUGAAUACUCCUCAUCAAUCAGAAUUAUGCGAGGCAUGCAAGCUGGGAAAAUGCAAAGUUCAGAAAGAAAACAACCUGGAGUAACUAUUCGGCAAAAUGAACUUGGGCACUCAAAAAAGAAAUUAGAACUAUGGGGAUAGAGACUUUCUAGUAGAUUUCUUAUCAAAUUUACAAUGA